CUCUUCUCCUUUCCUCCCUCCCCCAUUGCCGAGCGCUGCACAUCGCAGGCGCCGCCAGAGGAGGAUUGGGAUCGGUCUGCGAUGGUGUAUCUACACUCAUGGCAUGACUUCUCAGACGCCGCGGAGGCGCUAUAUGCCAAAUCUCCCAACCAUGCACGCUAUGUUGUGAAGUACAAGCAUAAUGAGGGGAAGCUGGUCCUCAAGAUCACGGAUGACCGAACAUGCAUCAAGUUCAAAACCAACUCUUCCGUCUUCCUCAAUCGCUUUGAGGCCCUAAACCUCACCCUCAUGCGCAAAAUGCAGAAUACGAAGCCCCCCGCCGCCGCCCCGCCCGCGGAUGUCGAGAUGCGCGAAGCUACGCCAGCUCCUGCAACGCCGGCGCCUGCAGCACCCGCGCAGAUCACGAGCGCCGCGGGCGGCGGAGGGGUCAAGAAGAAGAAGGGGAAGAAAAAGAAGUAGUAUGUGUGUAUACUAUGCCGAUAUAUGCCAUGUUAUCCGCUUGGUAUCUCCACUGAACCUCUUCGGAGCCCUUGGGACGCGAUGGGCCGGUG